UCCAUCCAGCUGGGAGCUGGAGUGGCUCUCGCAGGCUCUCUAAAGGGCGAUAGACCUUCCUGCUGCUUGGCACCCUGGAACGGACUUCGGCAUUCUCAGGAACAAUUCAUAUUUUCCUAGACGUCCUGUCCUGUGUUAAAAGCACUUGAAAAGUCAUUGUAAAUAAUACAGCUACCGAACAUUUGUGAAGGACUAUCGCGGUCUCCGUGGAGGAAUUACCCGAGGGACAAAAGAUGGGAUUAACCCAGUGCGGAAAGUUUGUUUUCCAGGAGAGAAGUCCAUCCUCCGGCAGGGGAAAAGGAUGGCUUGUAUAAUGGACAUCAAGGAAUUGGAUGUGAAAUUGGUCAAUGAAUGUAGGUAAGUAUCGGGGGAGAAAAGCAACUGAAUAGAAAUCCCGUUUGCUUAAUUCGGAUAACGUGGAUUCUUUGAGCACACGACACCGACUACGAAAUGCAGUGAACUUAGCGACUGAGUCUACUGGGCUUUGCAGACUGCCUCGUCAACAGACCCGAAGAGGCAUCGAGGGAAGCCGGAAUCUUCCUGAUCGAGAGAGAAUGGUGCUGGAAAGACGCUUUUUCCUCAUGUUCAAAGUGUGGUCGAUCAUUGUUCUGACAGGAGGGAUCGCUUCUAUACAAAAGGCAGAAGAAGGACAGAACUUCAUACCACAUCAUAAGUCAGGAAAACAAUGCGGAGUUUGGGUCCGGAAUGACAAUGGCGGAUAUUUUGCUUCACCAAAUUACCCAAAUGCCUACCCUCCCAACAGAGAAUGCAUCUACAUUCUGGAAGCGGCCCCUCGUCAAAGAAUUGAACUCACGUUCGAUGAGCCCUAUAGCAUUGAACCUUCCUGGGACUGUCGAUUUGACAACUUGGAAGUCAGGGAUGGACCAUUUGGAUUCUCUCAUCUCAUAAACCAUUACUGUGGUCAGCAAGCUCCAUCACUCAUUAAAUCAUCUGGAAGAUUCUUAUGGGUAAAAUUUACCUCAGAUGAAGAAUUAGAAGGCUUUGGAUUUCGAGCCAAAUACACUUUUGUACCAGAUCCUGACUUUAUCUAUCUUGGUGGAAUCCUGAAUCCUAUUCCAGAUUGCCAGUUUCAGUUAUCAGGGUCCGAUGGGAUCAUAUACUCCAGUCAAGUGGAAAAGGAGGGGAAAAUAAAACCAGGAGAAGCCAUUGACUGCAUCUGGACAAUUAGAGCCCCUGCAAAAUCUAAAAUUUAUUUACGUUUUAUCGACUAUCAAAUGCACCACUCCAACGAAUGCAAGAGAAAUUUUGUCGCUGUGUACGAUGGGAGCAGUGCCAUUGAAAACUUAAAGGCCAAGUUCUGUAGCACUGUAGCCAAUGACGUAAUGCUGCAAACUGGGGUGGGCGUAGUCCGCAUGUGGGCCGACGAGGGCAGUAGGCGCAGCAGAUUCCGAAUGCUCUUUACUUCAUUUGUGGACCCUCCCUGCCAAGACAACACAUUUUUUUGCCACAGCAACAUGUGCAUCAAUAAUUCGUUGGUUUGUAAUGGAGUCCAGAACUGCGUGUACCCAUGGGAUGAAAAUCAUUGCAAAGAAAAGAAGACACCUGGCCUCUUUCACCAGAUCACCAAGACUCAUGGAACAGUCAUUGGCAUUUCAUCAGGAAUUGUUCUAGUUCUUCUUGUCAUUUCGGUGCUGGUCCAAGUCAAACAACCUCGCAAAAAGGUUUUAGCUCGCAAAACGACAAUAAACAAAUCAGGAUUUCAAGAAGUAUUCGAUCCCCCUCAUUAUGAACUCUUUUCCCUGAGAGACAAAGAAAUAACGGCAGAUUUAGCUGAUUUAUCCGAGGACUUUGAGAACUAUCAUAAACUGAGGCGCUCCUCCUCCAGUGCCUCCAGGUGCAUUCACGACCACCACUGCGGCUCACAGCCACCGAGCAUCAAACAAAGCAGGACUAAUUUAAGCACAAUGGAUCUUCCAUUUCGGAAUGAUUUCUCGCAGCCACAGCCAAUGAAAACAUUUAACAGCACCUUCAAGAAAAGCUGCUACACUUUAAAGCACUCACAGGAUAGUCCAGAGCGAGUCAUAGAAGACAGAGUGAUGGAGGAGAUUCCAUCUGAGAUUUACGUGCGUGGCAGAAAUGACACUGUCCAGCGUUCGAUGUCCAUUGACUUUUAAAAUGGAACUGCCGUGUCAUUACUGAGCACUUUGGUUUGGUUUGCUUGUCUCUUGAAACUGCUGCUCUGUCACUUUGAUAUUUUAAUAUACCCUGAGUAUCAGUCCGCAGAAGAGGGAUUAUCCUCACCUAACUCUUAUUGACUUUCUGUGAGAUGAACUGUCAAGAACAAUUCUAAAUAUCAGAAUUAUAAUUGUGUUCUGAAGCUUGUUAAUGUUGUAUUGCUGGUUUAUAAUUACUUACUGUAAAUAAGCUAAAGGUUUAAUUCUUUGAUCUCCUGCUGUUAGCCCAUUAAUUGCUCCAGUUCACUGGAGAGAAGUUUUUCAACUUAAGUAUGCAAACAGCAUUACAUUAACAUCAAAAUUCCUUUAAAAUAACCUUUUUUACUUAAAAGGAAAGAAUAAAAUUUUGAUCUUGCUAGUCUAUGGUCUUGAAUGGCAACAUAAUCUCUUUGUAAUGGCUAGUUUUUUAACAAGUUAAUCAGAUUAUUUAGAUCAUUUAAUCCACGUGAAUAAAGUUAUCGUUAGCGAACUCACGGAAUUGUGUCAGUACCAGUUCAAAUAAAAAAGCUUGUUCAAAUGUAAAAUUAUUUCUCUGUGUAUACUAUUGACAACAUAGUUAUCCAUUUUCAUGUAAAUAUUUAACACUUUUGUUUAACAUUUAAAAAUUCCACUUCUUUGACCUUAUUGUGAUAAAGAAGAGAUAUAUUUUAAAAGCUCUGUGGUACCCAAGCGAUGGCUGGAGAGAAAGUGAAAUGUUAAUCUAAGUGGUAAAAAUAAGUGAUCAAUCAGAAGUCCCAGAUACUUGUGUGAGUAACAAGGCAGGGGGAAGGACAUGAUCCUAUCACGGCUUGGGUCUGGUGCACCUCACUGGGUUAUCAAUUUAAACUUGAACAGUAACCUCACCCUCUGGGUUGUAAAUACCUUAAAUCUUCUGUGAACAAUCUAAAAGUUCUUGCAGGGAGAAACAGUGGGAACAAUCAAGUUCUGAUUCUAGAUGAUUGGAGAAUAGCCGCUGGAGACAGAAUAGGACCACUUUUAAACUUUGUUCUGAGAACCUGGCGAAGAUCGAUGCUUUGCCCAGAAUGGCUAAAUUAAGAGCUCCACUCACUCAAAUAUCAAGAUUGGAGGAUAUGUUCUGCCAUGGCAUUUGGUUGCCAUUUUUCUCAUUUCACCUCCCUUUGAAUAUUCUUCCACACAUUUGUGGCUCAGGGGCACAACAGGCGGCAGAGUGGUGCUUCAGUUAGGGAUCUGGAUUCGAUCCUGACCUCAGGUCUUGUCUAUAUUGAAUUUGCACAUUUGAUCCAUUACUGCAAGGAUUUCUCUGGGAGCGGUGGUUGCUCGGUUUACAAGCUACUGAAAAUAAUCCCUAGUGUGAGUUGGUGGCCAUGGAAUUAGAGGGAAUUGAUGGACAAGUGAGAGAGAAUAGGUUAUGGGGCAAUAAAUGGCAGAAUAAGACAGAUUGGAAUGCACUAAGAGCCAGUAUUGGCUCAAUGGACUGAGUGGCCUCUUAUUUUAUAUGAAAAUAUACAAAAAUCAUCUGCACAGAAUCCUGGUACUAUCUUGAAUUAUUACUUAUCAUUAUGUUUUGAUUAUCUCUACAACACAGAGGCAGACCAUUUGAUCCAUUGAGUCUAUACUGGCCCUAAGCACAAUUUUAUCAAUCUCAUUAUGCUGCUUAUUUCCCUGUAACAUGCUUUCUCAUAUUUGCCCAUAAUCGUCUACAGUGGACAAUUAACCUAACUACCAGCAAAUCUUGCGACGUGAGCACUGGAGGGUUAAGUCAUGCAGUCAGAGGGGGAGCACGCAAACUCUACAAAGACACCUGAAUCAACAGACGGCUACUUUGGGAGGUUCUCCAAGCUCGAGUUCAAAGCAACAUGGGUAGGACAAAGGAUGAAUUCACCACAGGAUAACUUGUGACCUGAUACUUAUUUUAGAUAUGAAUGAAGCCAUUUGGAGCAAUGGCUAUAAAAGAUCGAGGAAGGAAAAUGCAAAGCAUCGUGUAUCAUUUUCAUGUAGUUAACUUUAAAGCAUGGGAUCACCUCUCUGUACAGCAUGAUGAAUCCUUGCAAAAAAUGAAUCUCAGGGUCUUAUAUGGUGACAUAUAUGUACUUUGAUAAUAAAUUAUUUUGAACUUUAAACCAUUUCCUUGGGCUCUAGCAUUCCCCAUAUCUUGAAUCCAGAACCUCCAAAGCAUCCAAUCAUUCCCAUUUGAUUUGCACAGAAAGUGCAGUACUGAGGGCCAGCCUUGUGUGAAUAUUAAUAACUCCAUAGGAGUGGCGCACUAUUUGCCUUUUCAGGAUGACAGGAUCCUAACACUGCUUUAAUUGAUGCCAGUGCCGGUACCGUAAAGCAAGGGAGAUUAAAGAACGUUCGGCCAUGGUGCAGCAGCAGGGGUCUGCAGCCCAUGCUCACAGCUUUGUGAACAGAAUCAGAAUCAGGAUUAAUAUCACUGGCAUAUGACAUGAAACUUGUUAUGCAUCAGCAGUACAUUGCAAUACAUAAUAAUAAAAACUGUAAAUUGCUCUCUCUAUAUAUAUAUUUAAAAAGUUAAAUUAAAUAAGCAGUGUAAAAAUAAAAAUAAAGUAGUAGUGAGGUAGUUCAGUGUCCAUUCAGAAAUCUGAUAGCAGUGGGGAAGAAACUGUUCCUGAAUCAUUGAGUGUGUGUCUUCAGCCUCCCUGAUAGCAGCAAUGUCCUGGGUGAUGGAUGUCACCUUUUUGAGGCAUUGCUCCUUGGAGAUGUCCUGGAUGCCGGGGAGGCUAGUGCCCAUGACAGAGCUGACUGAGUUCACCACUUUCCUCAGCUUAUGGUGCUUCAAUCCUGUGCAGUGGUCCCCUCAUACCAGCAGGCAGUUAGAACGUUCUUCACAGUAUAUCUGUAGAAGUUUGCAAGUGUCUUUGGUGGCACACCAAAUUUCCUCAAACACCUAAUGAAGUAUAGCCGCUGUCGUGCCUUCUUUAUAACUGCUUGGAUAUGUUGGACCCAGAAUGCCGACACCCAGGAACUUGAAAUUGCUCACUCUUUCCACUUUUGAUCCCUCAAUGAAGACUGGCGUGUGUUCCCUCAUCUUACCCUUUCUGAAGUCCACAAUCAAUUCUUUGGUCUUAUUGAUGUUGAGUGCAGGGCUGUUACUGUCACACCACUCAUCCAGCUGAUCUAUCUUACUCCUGUACACCUCCUCAUCACCAUCUGAAAUUCUGCCAACAUAGUCAUCAGCAAAUUUAUAAAUGGCAUUUGAGCUGUGUCUAGCCACACAGUCACGGACGUAGAGACAGUAGAGCAGUGGGCUAAGCACACAUCCUUGAGGUGCACCAGUGUUGAUUGUCAGCGAGAUGGAGACGUUAUUUCCGAUUUGCACAGACUGUGGCCUACCAUUGAGGAAGUCAAGGAUCCAGUUGCAGAAGGGGGUACUGAGACCCAGGCUUUGGAGCAUUUUGAUCAGAUCUGUGGGAAUGAUUAUGUUAAGAGCUGAGCUGUAGUUAAUAGACAAUAGCCCACUAACACUUAAAAUUGGCUAACAGAUUCAUUAUUAACUGCCGGUGAGAAUUCACUGAAGUACUACAAGGAUAUACUACUACUUGGUACUACUUGGCAGAUGUCAUUCAAUAUGAAUAAAUGUGAAGUUAUCCACUUUGGAAGCUGGAACAAGAGGGCAGAGUAUUGUCUGAACGGUGUCGAGUUAGGUAAGGGAGAAAUGCAAAGAGACCUAGGAGUCCUAGUUCACCAGUCAAUGAAGGUGAAUGAGCAAGUGCAACAGGCAGUGAAGAGGGCAAAUGGAAUGUUGGCCUUUGUUACAAGGGGAAUUGAAUACAAGAGCAAGGAUGUUCUUUUGCAUUUGUACAGGGCCCUGGUGAGACCACACCUGGAAUAUUGUGUACAGUUUUGGUCUCCAGGUUUAAGGAAGGACAUUCUGGCAAUUGAGGAAGUGCAGCGUAGAUUCACUAGGUUGAUUCCUGGGAUGGCAGGGCUGUCUUACGUGGAGAGAUUGGGCUUGUACACGCUGGAAUUGAGGAGAUUGAGGGGGGAUCUGAUUGAAACGUUUAAGAUAAUUAAAGGAUUUGAUAGGAUUGAGGCAGGAAAUAUGUUCCAGAUGUUGGGAGAGUCCAGUACCAGAGGGCAUGGAUUGAGAAUAAGAGGUCAGUUAUUUAAAACAGAGUUGAGGAAGAGCUUCUUCUCCCAGAGAGUUGUGGAGGUGUGGAAUGCACUGCCUCGGAAGAUGGUGGAGGCCAAUUCUCUGGAUGCUUUCAAGUAGGAGCUGGAUAGAUAUCUGAUGGAUAGGGGAAUCAAGGGAUAUGGGGACAAGGCAGGGACUGGGUAUUGAUAGUGAAUGAUCAGCCAUGAUCUCAGAAUGGCGGUGCAGACUCGAGGGGCCGAAUGGUCUACUUCUGCACCUAUUGUCUAUUGUCUAUAUGAUCCCUGUCAACCAUUCCCACUUUGUAUUUGGAAGAAUUUGAAACAGAAGCUGAGGAAGUUGCAAAUGCUGGCAUAGUUUGCUGGACUGUGUGUAUUAUGGAUCAGAUUUUUCCCUGUAUAUCAAAAAAUGUACCGAAUGCAAAAUGGCACUGCACCUGCUUUUCUAGAAAUUUGGCAACUUGUCACUCAAAAUUAGAAAGCCUAAUACUCAUUUGUAUGUAAACUUGGAGGGAAUUUAAAGCAUUCUGAUGAAAGGUUAUCAACUUCAAAUGUCAACUCUGCAUUCAUGUUCACUGAUAUUUCUAGACCUGAUGAGUAUCUCAAGCAUUGCCCAUUAGUGAAUAAUUUGAAAAUCCCCUUUUUGAGCAGGAAGAGAUUGCAAGAAAGCAAAUAAUAUAUUCUCUGGACUUUUGCCUCCAGAUAGAUCAUAGUCUUUGGCAAGGUGAAGGUGGAAGUGUCAAGUGUAGUGAAGACUGAUAAAUUUUCCUUUAUUAGCUGAGGUAUAAGAUGUAAGAGCAAGGGGUUAUGCCAGAACUGUGUACAAUAAUAACCAAAUCACAGCUUGAGCAUUGCAUGCAGUUCUGGGCAAUAUAUUACAAGAAGAAUGUGAAUCACUGGAAAGGCUGCAGUGAAAAUCUAAAGAAUAUUGUCAGGAAUGGAAAAUUGUGACUGUAAAGAAAGAUAAGAUAAGCUGGGGUUGUGUUCUUAGAGAAAAUUAAGGCUGAAGUGGAUAUUUCUAUGUGCCAAAUUAAAGGGGCCUGGAUAGAGUAACAAGGAAUACUUGGCUUAGCAAAAAAACUAAGACGUGUCAGUUUAAUUAAUUGUUGGAAGGAUUAGAGCAGAGCUGGAGAAAUAUUAUUUCACUCAGAGGAUGGUAGAGAUCUGGAAUUCACUGUGGUGAAAGAAUGGUAGAGGCAGAAACACACAUCACAUUUAAAGGGUAUCUAAAUGGUACUUAAAGAGCAAUGACCUGCAGAGCUCAGGACCAAACAACUGGAGUUAAGUUGGCCAAAUCUUUGUCUACCAACAUAGACACAAAGGACCAAAUGGCCUCCUUUUGUAUUCUAACUUUCCUAGGGUUUUUUUGACACACUGCAAAUAACCAUGCAGCAUUGGAAAAUAAUGACUAAAGAAGGGAAAAGGGGUUGUCAUUAAUAUUAUUUGUGUAUGAGAUAGGCAGUGCUGGAUUUGAGUUUCCCUAUGGUGGCACAAUACACCCCAGGGUGAGGACCCAUGCUGAAACUUAGAGAAAAUAACAGGCAGAAUAUACUGAGAAGAGUCAGUGAAUACUGUUUGCUUGGGUUUUCAGAAGGCCUUUGACAAGGUGCCACACAUUAGACUGCUCUACAAGAUAAGAGCCUGUGGUAUUACAGUAAAGAUAUAGCAUGGAUACAAGUUGGGCAGAAUGGGAAUAAAGGAGGUUUUUUCUGGUUGACUGUCAGUAACUAGUGGUGCUUGGCAGGUGUUGGUGUUUGGACUGCUUCUUUGCAUGUUACAUGUCAAUGAUUUUGAUGAUGGAACUGACAGGCUUUGUAGUCAAGUUUGCAGACAAUACAAAUAAAGGCAGAGGUACAGUUAGUGUUGGGGAAGCAGGGUGUCUGCAGAAGGGUUUAGGCGGAUUAGGAGAAUGAGCAAAGAAGGGUCAGGUGGAAUACAUUGUGAGGAAUUGUAUGGCCAUGCAUUUUGGUAGAAAGAAUAAAGGAUUAGAUUAUUAUCUAAACAGGGAGAAAAUUCAGAAUUCAGUGGUGCAAAGGGACUUGGGAGACUUUGUGCAGGAUUUCCUAAAGGUUGACUUGCAAGUUGAGUUGGUGGUAAGGAAAGCAAAUGCAAUGUUAGCAUUCAUUUCAAGAGGACUAGAAUAUAAAAGCAAGGAUAUAAUGCUAAGGCUUUAUGAGGCAAUGGUUUGGCUGCAUAUGAAGUAUUGUCAGCAGUUU